UCACCCAGCACGAACAUGCAUCCAAUUCCAUACAUUUCUUUAUUAUUGUCAAUAAAUGUCAACCUCAAAAAUCCUAAUGGAGAAAUCGGUUGCUCGUUACCAGGCGGUAAAAUUGGUAAAUGUUUGAAAUAUGAACAAUGCGAGAGUCUCAAGAUACAUCGGGAACUAUAUACCGAGGAUAUUAUAGGAGACUGUUACAAUGGAAGACAUGAACCUAUGAUAUGUUGUAUCGCAACUGAGGAUAUAAAGGAAAACGAACAUACGGACGAAACAACAACAACAACGACAACUAACAACGAUAAUGAAACUACAUCCAAUGAUUUGGCAAGCACCUGCAUAUUACCUGACGAUCUAUCCGCCGAAUGUGUUAAUAUUGAGGAAUGUGAAAGUUUGAACAAUAAUAGUAAUAAAUACAAUGAAACCGUAUUAAAUGAAAUUUCAAAACCAUGCAAAUUAAACGGGCAAAACAAGAUUUGUUGCCCCUCUAUGGAACAACAGUUAGUGCCGACACGCAACGAGUGCAAAACACCCGACGGUCAACAAGGGGAAUGUAUUAAAUUUGAUGCCUGCGAUGAUUUCGUUAGACAUAUAGGAGAAACAUAUAAUGUCGACAUUAGAAAGAAAAUGUUUCGAGAACUCAGGUGCGAAGCUACAGAUUCAGCUAAAAUAUGUUGUGCUCUAACGUCUUCUAACGACUCAUCAGAAAUGAUAGAUGAAAAUAAUAUAAAUAGCGUUGACGACGAAGAAACGGUAUGCGUCCCAUCCGCGGAGCCUUAUAAACUAAACAGUAGUUGCUGUGGACAGACAAACGGCGAAGCUAGAAUUAUGGGUGGCUCCGAAACCCAAAUUAAUGCGUACCCGUGGUUGGGCAUGAUAGAAUACGACAACAAGAUAUUAAAUUGCGGAGUGGUUCUGAUCAGCGGAAUGUAUGCAUUGACAGCAGCACACUGCUUUUACUUAUCUGAAGCCAAACCAAAAUAUAUCUGGCUGGGAAAAUAUAAUAUAAAAACAGAAAAACGCGACUGCAUGGUACUGGAUGGAGGGAGAGUAAUGUGUAAUAAUGGGGCUCUCAAAGUGCCAAUUGAAAACAUUUUUAAUCGUAAACAAUCGUCCAAAAAGAGGAGAGAUUUGGAGGACAUCGCGAUAGUCAAAUUCAGCGAAAUGGUUAACUUCACAGAAUUUAUUCACCCCAUUUGUCUACCAGAGAUUGAUGAAAGUGCAAACUUCACUUCAAAUACCAUAUUCAAAGCGGCCGGUUGGGGUCUGGUGGAUUUACAGAAUAGAGUUCUCAGUGAUGUAAAACGGCACGUGUCGCUGCCAUACGUGCCUCUAAACAAAUGUGAAAAGGAGUACGGCAAAUUAUCGAAUAAUCAAAUAUGCGCGGGAGGGGAGGAGGGUCAAGACAGCUGCAAUGGAGACUCAGGCGGUCCAUUAAUGUAUAAAUCGCCUAACUUAAGUUUAGUUUAUCAAGUGAUCGGUAUAACCAGCUUCAGCCACUCUUGCGGACUACGAGACGUGCCCGGAGUAUACACCAAAGUCUUCCCAGUCUUGCCGUGGAUUUACAAAACUAUUAACGAAUCUAAAGAAAAAAAAUAAAACUUGACAUGAGAAUCGCUCUUAGGGCCUGUCGCACCACUGUCUGAUAAAGGCUCUGAUAGCUUAAAAUGUCAGAUAAAGUAACAAAAUCCGAUAUUUUAUAUGUUGGAUUGUUAUCUGAAUUUACAAGAAUUUGUUAGUACUGACUCUUAAUAUAGCACAUGCCUGCUACAUUAUUUCAAAUUUUGAAAUUUAUUUUUUU